AUGCCGCACCGUUGUGGUGCUGCCAACUAUAUGCCGGAGUACCUGCACCAGUUGGGUGAGAACCAGGCCCAGCAGUACGGCGAGGUGAACCAGCUCGGUGGCGUGUUUGUGAACGGGCGGCCACUGCCGAACAGCACGCGCAUGCGCAUCGUCGAGCUGGCCCGGCUCGGCAUCCGACCGUGUGACAUCUCCCGUCAACUGCGCGUCAGCCAUGGGUGCGUGUCGAAGAUACUAGCGCGCUACCACGAAACCGGCUCGAUACUGCCCGGUGCGAUCGGUGGCUCGAAGCCGCGCGUCACCACGCCGAAGGUCGUCACGUACAUCCGCGAGCUGAAGCAGAAGGAUCCGGGCAUCUUUGCGUGGGAGAUACGGGACCGUCUGCUGUCGGACGGGGUCUGCGACAAGAACAACGUGCCGAGCGUCAGCUCCAUCUCGCGCAUCCUGCGCAACAAGCUCGGCAAUCUGGCCCACCACCACCACCACCACCCGCACCAUCCGCACGCCGGUACGGGCGGGGGCGGUGCGCACACACCCCACGCACCCGCCCACCUCUACAACUCCAUCUAUCCCUCCUACCCGUACACGGCCGGUUCGCUCAAGUCGGAAAUGUCGUGCGGCGGGAGCCCCUCACCACCGACCGGUGCGACACCGAUCCGCAGCCCGCACGCCCACUGUCCCUGGCCCUCCUCCCACUCCGUCACCGACAUCCUGGCGAACGUGCACCAUCAGGCGACGGUGGCCGCGCUACGCAACGGCGGCACACCCACCUCCCAGUGCCACACGACCCCACCGCCGACCUCCGUCGGUGGGCAGCUGAUGGGGGGUGGUCCGGGUGCGAUGAACGGCACCACCACGGCCGGGUCGGCGUCCGCCUCGGCAGCCGCGGCUGCGGCAGCGGCCGCCGCCGCAGCGGCUGCCGCCGGUAAUGCGGCAGUGGCGAUGCACCAGCACCAUCACCAUCACCAUCAUCACCAGAUGCAGGAGUCCGUCUCACCACAGUCACCCAACUCGUACAACUACUACAUGUACCUGCAGAGUGGCGGCAUGCAUCACGGUGGGUUGGCCAGCGCUUCCGGCUUAUAG